UCCACCAAACCCCUGCUCAAAAAUGUAUCGUUCUCCAACGGCGGCCCAUUUCUCUCCGGCCACCGCCACCAUUCUCCAAAACCCCAUCAAACCACCACACACCAUAUUCAACCAAUCAUUUUUCCAUCUCACCACUAACUCAAAAACAAAAAAAGUUAUUCAAUUUCACCAAAUAAAAAAACCAACUAAUAAUAAUUUCGGUCUUUCAUUUCAUUAUUUGCUUCGAAAACCACAAAUAUCGGUUUCAGCAGCCGAAGAAGAUGUAAACUAUGAUAAUGUUGCUUUGUCAGGGUUUGAUGAUUUCUCGGAACCGAGUUUUAUGGAGUUUAUAACAUCGGAAAGAGUGAAGGUAGUUGCAAUGGUGGGAUUGGCAUUGGCAUUAUGUAAUGCAGACCGUGUCGUUAUGUCGGUUGCGGUUGUUCCUUUGUCUUUGUCUCAUGGUUGGUCUCAGUCUUUUGCUGGUGUUGUUCAGUCAUCUUUUCUUUGGGGAUAUUUAAUAUCACCGAUAGCUGGAGGAACUCUAGUAGACUACUAUGGCGGUAAAGUAAUCAUGGCAUGUGGUGUUGCUUUAUGGUCAAUGGCUACAUUUCUCACCCCUUGGGCUGCUGAAAAUUCUCUUUGGGCACUACUUAGCAUGCGUGCUUUGCUUGGAGUUGCAGAAGGUGUGGCACUUCCAUGUAUGAACAAUAUGAUAGCCAGAUGGUUUCCACAAACCGAACGAUCCCGAGCUGUCGGGCUUGCAAUGGCUGGAUUUCAGCUUGGAAGUGCUAUUGGACUCACACUUUCUCCCAUCCUCAUGUCACGAGGUGGUGUAGGAGGACCCUUUAUAAUAUUUGGAUUAUCUGGCUUUCUAUGGGUUUUGGUAUGGGUAUCUGCAACAUCUAGCACUCCAGAACGAAGCGGCCAAAUAACAAAAUACGAGUUAGAAUAUAUUCAGAGCAAAAGGAAGCAAUCCGCCAAGGUUGAGAGUCAAAUGAAGACAGCCAAAAUGAUCCCACCCUUCAGGCGUUUACUCUCUAAACUACCAACUUGGUCUCUCAUUGUUGCAAAUUCCAUGCAUAGCUGGGGAUUCUUCGUCAUUCUUUCAUGGAUGCCCAUUUACUUCAAAACAAUAUAUCAUGUGGACCUCCGACAAGCAGCAUGGUUUAGUGCUGUUCCCUGGAGUAUGAUGGCAUUAGUAGGCUACUUUGCCGGUGUUUUUUCUGACAAACUGAUACAGAGUGGCAUGACUGUCACUUUGACUCGUAAAAUUAUGCAGUCAAUUGGUUUCGUGGGACCUGGUAUUGCUCUUAUUGGCUUGAUAAUGGCAAAAAGCCCAGUCAUUGCUUCUGCAUGGCUUACAUUAGCUGUAGGGCUAAAAUCAUUUAGUCACUGUGGAUUCCUUGUAAACCUUCAGGAGAUUGCCCCACAAUAUUCCGGUGUUCUACAUGGAAUGUCGAAUACUGCAGGCACAUUGGCUGCCAUAAUUGGGACAGUUGGAGCUGGUUACUUUGUGGAAUUGGUGGGUUCUUUUCAGGGAUUUCUGUUGCUUACAGCAGUUCUAUAUUUCUCAGCAGCUAUGUUUUGGAACAUCUUUUCCACCGGUGAAAGGGUGAAUUUUGAUGAAGACCGGUAAUUAGUUUUGUCUGCUACUCCUUUUGUAGAUAAGAUAGUUGCAUAUGUAGUUGUAAUGCAAAAUCAGUGAAAAUGUUGUACAUUCCUGGCCUUAAAGGCCCUAAGAACAGAAGGUAGGAUCUAACUAGGUUCCAUUGUUGUAAUCUCACCUCGACGGUGCCUGGUUAUUUAUUCUUGCUUAAAGAAAUGCAAGUGGAUGUGAGUUA